UCUGUCUGCCUUGUCCAGCCGUCUUGUGCCGCAUCUCGUCGUCUUGUCUCGUGUCUCACCGUCUUGUCCAGCCGUCUUGUGCCGCAUCUCGUCGUCUUGUCCCGUGUCUGUCUGUCUUGUCCAGCCGUCUUGUGCCGCAUCUCGUCGCUCUGCGUGCGUUGGAGCGACCUGCAGGUUGGUAGUGAAAUUCACUCAAGACGAGAGCUGAAUUCACACUCACACCACCAUUCACUCUCUCUGUCUCUCUCACACUGUUCACUGUUGUCACGAGAGCUGAAUUCACACUCACACCACCAUUCACUCUCUCUGUCUCUCUCACCCUGUUCACUGUUGUCACAAGAGCUGAAUUCACACUCACACCACCAUUCACUCUCUCUGUCUCUCUCACCCUGUUCACUGUUGUCACAAGAGCUGAAUUCACACUCACACCACCAUUCACUCUCUCUGUCUCUCACCCUGUUCACUGUUGUCACGAGAGAUGAAUUCACACUCACAUCACCAUUCACUCUCUCUGUCUCUCUCACCGUGUUCACUGCUGUCACGAGAGAUGGCGUCGCGCGCGGAGUUUCCGAUCGGCAAAGAAGAAGACACGGGUAGUCAAAGUCCCAAGCUCCGUCCCGACUUCACGGUGCGAGGUGACGACGCUGACGACGCCGCCGGUGAUGGGAGUCGUUUCGGCGAUGCCAAAGAAGAAGGGGCGACCGAAAGGCUGUGGGAGUCGGGGAGCUACCGUGGACAGGCGGCAACAUCGGAGCGGAAGCCGUUCAUGGUGGAGGUGUGGGCGGAAGACGUCAAGAAGUUUGUUGAGGUGCAGUUGCUGGAUGAGGACACGGGUCAAGACGCGGCCGACGAAACGCAACUGCCGUGCGACGAAUGCGGCAGGGGCUUCGGCAAGCGCUUGCAGACGCACGCGGGCGACGCGAAUCGCGACGUAGGCGGUGCCGGCAGCGACGGCAGCGGCAGCAGUCAAAUCCCUCCGGCCUGCACGCGGUGCGCGAAGUCUCCGGGCACAGGCACGAGUCUCGGCCGAAGGCCGGAGAGCCGCCCGCAACCAACGGCCGGGAGCUCGCGCAGACGGCAACGCGACAGGCCUCGGCGCGUCCGCUACGACGCCGCCGACGCGACGGACGCCGACCGGCCCAAGCACGUGUGCGCCGAGUGCGGCAAGGGCUUCCCCUACCGCUACGGCCUGAAGCGCCACGCCAGGUCGCACACGGGCGAGAGACCGCACGCGUGCGCCGACUGCGGCAAGCGCUACUCGGAGCUCUCGGCCCUCAAAAAGCACUCAAUAGUGCACACGGGCGAGCGGCCGCACGCCUGCGCCGCGUGCGGAAAGGCGUUCUCGCGCCGCUCUGACCUGGAGACGCACGCGCGCAUGCACACGGGCGAGAGGCCGUACGCGUGCGGCGAGUGCGGCAAGGGCUUCGCGCAGCGCUUCCACCUGGAGACGCACGCGCGGACGCACACGGGCGAGAGGCCGUACGCGUGCAGGGAGUGCGGCAAGGGCUUCGCGCAGAGCUCCCACCUGAAGGUGCACCUGGCGACGCACACGGGAGAGAGGACACACGUCUGCACGGAGUGCGGGAAGGGCUUCUGCCAGCGCUCUGACCUCAAGAAGCACUCGACGAUGCACACGGGCGAGAGGCCAUACGCCUGUGGGCAGUGCGGCAGGCGCUUCUCGCACCCGUCGCACCUGAAGAAGCAUUCGCAGGUGCACUCCGGCGAGAAGCCGCACUCGUGCGCCGAGUGCGGCAAGCGCUUCCGCACGCGCUACAACCUGAACACGCACUCGCUGAUGCACACGGGCGAGUACACGCACGUGUGCCCCGAGUGCGGCAAGGGCUUCGCCACGCGCUUCACGCUCAAGAAGCACUCGCGCAUCCACACGGGCGACUGGCCGCACGCGUGCGACGAGUGCGGCAAGGGUUUCGCAACGCGCUUCGACCUCGCCAAGCACUCGCGCACGCACACUGGCGAGCGGCCGCACGCGUGCCCCGACUGCGGCAAGCGCUUCGCCCACCGCUACAACCUGGAGGCGCACUCGGCGUCGCACACGGGCGAGUGGCCGCACGUCUGCGCCGAGUGCGGAAAGGGCUUCACGCAGCGCUCCGACCUGGAGACGCACGCGCGCACGCACACGGGCGAGCGGCCGCACGCGUGCGGGGAGUGCGGCAAGGGCUUCGCCAAGCGCUCGCACCUGGAGGCGCACUCGGCAUCGCACACGGGCGCGUGGCCGCACGUCUGCGCCGAGUGCGGCAAGGGCUUCGCCAAGCGCUCCGACUUCGAGAGGCACACGCGGUCGCACACGGGCGAGAAGCCGCACGUGUGCGUCGAGUGCGGCAAGGGGUUCACGCGGAUCUCCGCGCUCAAGAAACAUUUCGUGGUGCACGCCCUCGAGUGAACUUGGAACCGAACUGAACUACGUGAAAAAAAUUUUAUUCACCAGGUGUGAGGCCCCAAUAGCUUCUUUUUCAGAAGCGGCCUGGCCAUCACGAACGGUAGCUCGGCGAAGGGUGACUGAUGUCAUCGUCGUCGUCACAUGGAAAUUCACAGCAGCGGCAGCAGCAGCCAAAUACUCUUAAACGCGUGAUGUCGAUUCUAAAUAUGGGAGAGAAAAACCGGAGGUCCCAGAGAAAAAUCCACGCGACCACGGGAAGCGAGAAAGAGAGACACAAACUCCAAAUAUAUAGCAGGUGUCAGGGUCGGGAUCAAACCCACGACCUCCUGCAUACUGGGCGAGGGAGGUAACAUCUGUCCAUUCAGCUUGGAGAGCUGAAUGGAGUUCAAAAGAAUUCACAAACAGACACCGCCUUGUUGUGAAAGACCCAACGCAGAAGAUUUCCUGGGGUUUGAUCUUCCACGAAGCUGCUCAUGGUCCCACCUUAAACCGCAUCAGGCACUGCACAAAUCAUGGCAGCAGUUGCGGAUGGUAGCUGAUGAUGCACAAAUGGAAAAUCGGAAACUCUCGCCGGUAGUGGCAGUGCCAUGACUGCGGUCAUCCAGAACAGAGACCGUACACAACGCGUAACGACGCAAUGACCCGAUACACAAAUACGAAGGAGGAGACAUGAUCACAGCGAUGAUGACGACGAUUCACUACUGCGCUACUGCUCCUGCUGAAGCGGUUGUCUGGGCUUGACCACCACCUGAAUGUGACGUUCUACAUCAGCAGCCGUACGAAAGCAGAAACUCCUAGAUACCUAAAAAGAUCCAGACCCAUACAAACGCACAUAGACUCGGAGACCCAUAGAGACUCGCAGAGACUCGUAGGCACCCACGGAGACUCGCAGAGAUCCGUGGAGACUCGGACCCAGAGGCUCUUGUAGGCCCAGGCUCAUAGAGACCCAUACAGAUCCAUAGACUCAUGGAGAACCGUAGAAACGCAUAGACCCAUAGACUAAUAGAGACAUCGCAGCGAUACACUCCUCCGCUGGCUCUUCACACGAUUGUCUGCUGACUUGACCGCCACCUGAAUGUUAUAUUUGCAGCUGUUGCUCUGCAUCUAGAUCUGUAGCCGUACGGAAGAAGAAGACGACCGUAGCGCCCAGUCACGUGAAUCGAGCAUCGGGCCUCACCGUGGUUUCUCUGCUCAGUAUCAGUAGCAGCAGCAGGAGAGGAAACUGAACUGAACUAUUUUUAUGUUACCAGGUGUAAGGUCCCACUGAGCUGCUAUGUAGCUUUCUUUGAAAAGCGACCUGGCUAUGACAAAUGAUAGCUCAACGAAGCGGCUUAUCAUCAUCAUCAUCACGUGGAAAUGUAUAGCAGCAGCCAAAUGCUGUAAACGCACGGUAACAUUGACUCUAAAUGUGGAGGGGAGAAAGCGGAGGGCCUGGAGAAAGAUCCACGCGACCACGGAGAGAGAGAGAGAGAGACAGACUUCAAAUAUACAGCAGCAGGCGUCAGGGUCGAGAUCGAACCCACGACCUCCUGCAUACCAGGCGAGGGAGUAAAUAUCUCGCAACGGCCGCCAUUAGGCACUAAGCGGCAGGUGACGUCACCCAAGGCGCUUGUGCCAGGCUAGGUGCACCACUUUGCGGCCGUCGAUAAUGUGCUCGUGUGUGUGUGUGUGCGCGUUGAGUUUAUUUCGCACCACCGUACUUAGCCAACCUUGCUAAUCAGAGGUGCGGGGGAAGCACUUCAAACUCAACACUAAAAGCAGUUCUGAAGAAGUUAGUUUGUCAAUCUAGGUGAUGAUUUCAAAGUGCAUCAUAGCUCCCAGUGGCUUCCUAAUAUCGGAAGGAAGAGCAUUCCAGACGGCCGCGGAAGCGUAUCUGAAAGCGCCGCGCGAUGCCGGUGAUCGUCUUGGUUCGACGGCCAGCCAGAAGCCGCUGAUGCUGCUGCUGCUGCUAUAGAAGAUGACCCGAAUUAAGGUGACGAUGGUUUAUAGCUCCUUGACGAUAGAGGAACAGCAACCGUGGCAGUAGCGAUAGAAGAGUCAUAGGGAAGCGACUGACUUUCGGCAGGCGACUGGAGAGUGGGCCCUCUUUGUUCGACGGUCAGCCAAAAGCCGCUGCUGCUAGCGAGGAUGAUGGUGACCACCGGAGUUGGCGUUGCGAGGGUUUAACGCUCACCCGACGGGAUCAGCGAAGCGGUCGGAUGGAAGAGUUUGAGGCGGCGUGAACGCUCCGUUUUUUUUUGUUUGCAGCACAAACGAUCUUGAACCUUUUUUGUUUGUUUUAAUCUCCGUUCAGCAGAGCGGAGGAAUCCGAUGGGCCACGAAGCUCUUUCAUCAUCGAUGUCCAGCGAUCAUUGGCGGCCCUCCCCACCCCCUGGGGGAGUCAGGUCACGGUUGACGUGGGACCACGCGUGAGCGAUGUUGAUCUUUCACCAAAGACGACGAAGAUAAAGAUUUCCCCUCUAUCCCGUGUCGCCUCUAAUGGACUGUUGGGGGCAAGUGGCUCUUAGUAGCGAGUAGCAGCGCCUACACACAAAGGCAAAGAUCCCCCGUGUAGCCUGUAACAGACUGUUGGGGCAAGUGCUAUGAAGGCCGGAAUGGCACAAUAGGGGGUGGGUGGCCAGCAUCACGCCUGACCGCCUUUGUCUACCCACUGGCGAUGUUUACUACACACCGCACCAAUUACUCAUUUGGAGGCAGCGUAGCGCUAACCGUUACACCACCACUCCCCACCACCCCCAUCACCACCACACCUGGGCAUCUUCGUCUCCUCCCGGUGGAGAUGUCAGCCAACGCAUGGCUCACAGAGGCGGGUAACGAUACCGGGUCCCACUCGAGGCGUUGUCGUGGUCUGGGCCGUCGCACGACAUCGCAGACGAGUCAGUUGGGUUGAUUUAUUUGUAUUUCCCAUGCGGUGCAUGUAGAACCUAUAAUGACCGUGUUGGGUACGUGGUAGGGUUUUCGCCACCAAAUAUCCAUAACAGAUGUUUUGGGUUCCAUCGUGUAAAUAUAAAUGCGUCGUUGAACCCCGCCACCACCACCCGAUACGGCCAAUCGGUGGGGUACAUUUACGCGAUCUUACCCAAAGACCUCUAUGACGAAUGAUCGGGUUAUAGGUUGUAUAAUGGUAAACGAAAAUUGUAAAAAAUCCAAUUACGUAUGUUCACAAUAAUUCCGUGUACACAUAAUGUCACUCGCGCGUACUGCGAGCGUAAUAAUACAGCAGUCGAUUCCCAAUAUCCUCAUUAUGUAUGGGCGAGUGUUGUUUAGUUUUUCAACGGAUAAGAAAAAGUAUAUAAUUUACGGUGAUUGGCGACCAGCUACUUUGUGGGAAGAAGGCCUUCCUAGGGGUAUUGUCAGUCAUCGGGGUUUGGGCCAUACUUCAAACAGCAGCUCAAGGCUCACCUGUCCAGACCCUAACCUGUCCAGUCUCUCACUUGGUUCAGGAUCACCUGGUUCAGGAUCUCACCUGGUUCAGUCUCUCACCUGUCCAGUAUCCCACCUGUCCAGGCUCUCAACUGUCCAGUCUCUCACUUGGUUCAGGAUCACCUGGUUCAGGAUCUGACCUGGUUCAGGAUCACCUGGUUCAGGAUCUCACCUGGUUCAGUCUCUCACCUGUCCAGUAUCCCACCUGUCCAGGCUGUCACCUGUCCAGGUCUUCUUGGAGCUCUGGCUCCACGCCUCCGAGUUCUCAAUCAAAGGUCGGUGCGUCCGAUUUGCGAAAUAUGCACGCGUUUCCGAAUCAUGUUCAUGAUUAUGAAAAAUAAGAAUAGGGUUUUGCCAUUUCUGGCAAUGAAACAGGCGUUAAGAUGUUCAAACACCAAAUAGAUUAAACCUUUUGCAAGGAAUCAUCAAGUCUGCAUUAACCACACGUACUUGUGGUGGACAUGCAAACAAGCAUGCUCUGAUAAUAUACAGUAAAAACUUGGAUUGCGAGCAUAAUUCGUUCCGGAAACGUGUUUGUAAUCCAAAGCACUCGUAUAUCAGUUGUGAUCACGUGACGCUCGGCAGACAAAGCGUAUACACAUACUACUCGUAUUGCAAGACCUCGCUCGUUUAUCAAAUUAAAAUGUAUUAAAAAAUGUUGCUCGUCUUGCAAAAAACUCGCAGACCAAAUUACUCGCAAUCCAAGGUUUUACUGUACUUGUAUUGUCUUUGAAACCGAUUGGCCAACACCAGAUAGGCAUCUAUGUGGUGCUUGAACAUAUUAACACAACUUUUGUUUCAUUGCCAGAAAGGGUAAAAACCCUGUUCUUAUUUUUCAUACUCUGCUACAGGCAAAAAAGUUAUCCCCAUGAUACGUUUUUAUGAUUUAUUAUGACUAUUGUGAUUAAACUUCACCUUGUUAUCGAGUAUUGCUGUCUGGGAAAGCGUCGUUACGAUCGAUUCGUUUUGCCUUGCAUGGUAUGGUAUGGAAAGCGUGUGCAGCAUUUGAUCCC